CCCCUGCGCCGUAACCUCAUCUUCAACUCCUGCGGAGAGCAGGGUUUCAGAGGCUGGGAGGUGGAGCACGGCGGCAACGGCUGGUCGGUGGAGAAAAACAUAACCCUGGUGCCCGGGGCUCCUUCCCAGACCUGCUUCGUGACUUCUUUCGAGUGGUGUUUCAAGAGACAGCUUGUGGACCUGGUAACGGAGGGACUGUGGCAGGAGCUGUUGGACAGUGCCCAGCUGGAGAUCUGCGUGGCUGACUGGUGGGGCGCCCGAGAGAACUGCGGCUGCGUCUACCGCCUUCGGGUCCGCCUCUUGGACGCGUACGAAAAUGAAGUGGUCAAGUUCUCGGCAUCACCCAACCCAGUGCUUCAGUGGACUGAGAGGAGCUGCCGACAGGUCUCCCAUGUAUUCACCAACUUUGGCAAGGGCAUCCGCUAUGUGUCUUUUGAGCAGUACGGGAGAGACACACGUUCCUGGGUGGGGCACUAUGGCGCCCUGGUGGCCCACUCCAGCGUGAGGGUCAGAAUCCGGCUUUCUUAGCUGGCAGCACGACCCUGCCUUCCAGGACACACUGCCAUAUGCUGCAUGUCAUCAAAAUCAAAAGUGGCUUUGCAGCCCUGAGCCCAAGGAUGCCCAGACACUGAGAGUCCCAUGGCACCCAUGUGGUGACCUUCAUGCUGUGACAAGCCAAAACUCAACAGGUGCUUCAUAGCUUGCUGAGCUCCCCAGGUGGGAAAUGUCACGGACUGGAGGCGUUUAGUUGGUUUAUGUGCCUGCAAGCUGUUCCUUCAGAGGGGGCCAUCACUGGGUAAACUGAGUCAAGAAACGAAGGUCAAAACCGCCUUUAUGAUGGGGGGGAAAGCUGCUGAUCAGGGAACGGUGACUCUUGUCUAUGUGUUUUUGGAGUGAGUCAAAGGAAACCCUGUUGCUUUGGGGUUUCUGGGAUUUGGCUGUGGGGCCCUGUAAGCAGCCAUGUCAGCACGGUCUAGCCCACCCCUUUCAGCCAGGUGCCUGUCAUCAGAAUUCUCCAAGGCCAGUCCCCACCCUUACCUCCUGCUGGAUGACACCCUCCUUCCCCCUCAAGCGUGCCGUCCUGCAUGGGGACCUGACACAAGGCGCAGCUAUGGGAAGCACCCCAGUCCAAUUCCCUGAAUGUCACCCAGCAGGGCUCAGCCACCCAACUAGCCCAAUAAAA